AUGCAGGGCCGUGACCGGCCCCCAACGAUUAUCGCCCCCUCCUUGCUCUCCUGUGACUUCGGCAGGCUGGCAGAAGAAUCCAAGCGUAUGGUGGAACUUGGGGCAGACUGGCUGCACGUGGAUGUGAUGGAUGGCCACUUUGUGCCCAACCUCACCCUGGGCCCGCCCAUCGUCCAGAGCCUGCGCCGCCACACGCCCGCCUUUCUGGACUGCCACCUGAUGGUGGCCCAGCCGGCGCGGUGGGUGGCCGACUUUGCGGCGGCGGGGGCCAGCAUGUUCACUUUCCACCUCGAGGCGGUGGAGUGCGGGCAGGCGGCGGUGCGGCAGCUGAUCGGCGCGGUCCAUGCGGCGGGCAUGCUGUGCGGCCUCACCAUCAAGCCGGGCACGCCCGUGGAGCAGCUGCUGCCCUACCUCGAGGCGGGGCUGCCCGACAUGGUGCUGAUCAUGAGCGUGGAGCCGGGGUUUGGGGGCCAGGCCUUCCAGCCGUCAACCAUGGACAAGGUGCGCUUCCUGCGCUCCCGCUUCCCCGACCUGUACAUAGAGGUGGAUGGCGGCCUGGCGCCCUCCACCAUCCAGCAGGCGGCAGACGCAGGCGCCAACGCCAUUGUGGCGGGCAGCGCCGUCUUUGGGGCGCCAGACCCGGGGGCCGUCAUCUGCCAGCUGCGGGGAGCGGUGGACGCGGCGGCGACAGCAGGGGCGCAGCAGCAGCACCAGCAGCAGCAGCCGCUGGGCGCAGCAUAG